AUGCCUCGUGGCAGGGAGGACGAGAUUUGCCGGAAAGCGCUGAAACUGCUGGUCGAGCUCUGCUCCGAGGGGACGGUCGAGAACGACAGGUGCCUGGAGUUCAGCUACUAUCUGCGGGACAGCGGCAGACCCCGGCCGGCCGACGCAGAUAUCACAGUAAGUUUGCUGUCCUUGGUGGUCACCGCAUGUGGACUUGCUUUGUUUGGGGUAUCUCUGUUUGUGUCCUGGAAGCUUUGUUGGGUUCCAUGGCGAGAGCGUGGCCUGCUAGGCAACAAAGACAAGCAGGAAUCCUUGAACCUCACAGACACAGAGACCAAUGACCAAGACUAUAGUGAGGAAUUCCUGGGACAGCCGACUACCUACCCUGACUCCUCCAUGAAAAUUAGCCACACUUCUCCAGACAUUCCAUUGGACGCUAAGGCAGGGACCAAGGAGAACUGCAUACACAAUGUUCGGAUGCAUCGACAAAUCACAGAACCAACACCUUCUGCUCGGCACAAUUCAAUACGAAGACAGCUCAAUCUCUCAAAUCCUGACUUCAACAUCCAACAGAUCCAGAAGCAGGAACAGCUGACAGGCAUUGGACGCAUCAAGCCGGAGCUGUAUAAGCAAAGAUCGGUCGACACGGAUGAUGGUCGGAGAAAUAAUAGCAAGUCUUGUGGGAAAAUCAAUUUUAUUGUAAAAUAUGAUUGUGACUUAGAACAACUUAUAGUGAAGAUUCACAAGGCUGUCAGCCUGCCAGCGAAGGAUUUUUCUGGAACUUCAGACCCUUAUGUCAAGAUCUACUUACUUCCAGAUAGGAAAACAAAACAUCAGACUAAAGUACAUAGAAAAACUCUUAACCCAGUAUUUGAUGAAGUUUUUUUAUUUCCUGUUCCUUACAAAGAUUUGAGUUCAAGAAAACUUCAUUUUUCUGUCUAUGACUUUGACCGCUUCUCCAGGCAUGACUUGAUUGGCCAAGUGAUAGUGGAUAAUUUUUUAGAAUUAGCCGACUUUCCUAGGGAAUGUAAUAUUUGGAAGGAUAUUGAAUAUGUCACAAAUGACAAAGUGGAUCUUGGCGAGUUGAUGUUUUCGCUUUGCUAUCUUCCAACAGCUGGCAGGCUAACCAUAACUAUAAUAAAAGCAAGAAAUUUAAAAGCAAUGGACAUCACAGGAGCAUCAGAUCCGUAUGUGAAGGUGUCACUAAUAUGUGAAGGGAGACGAUUAAAGAAAAGGAAGACUUCUAUCAAGCGGAACACCCUCAAUCCUGUUUACAAUGAAGCCAUAGUCUUUGAUGUCCCUCCAGAAAGCAUUGAUCAGAUUCACUUGUCUAUAGCUGUUAUGGAUUAUGACCGUGUAGGUCACAAUGAAGUAAUUGGAGUCUGUCAAGUAGGCAACGAAGCAGAAAGUCUUGGGCGAGAUCAUUGGAAUGAAAUGCUCUCCUACCCUCGAAAACCCAUUGCACGCUGGUAUCCGCUUGCAGAGGGCCCUAAAUGUUCUGCAGGCUUUCUGCGCAUUGAUGGCUGCCGAAGAGGCUUCUUCACUCUUUUAACCUAUUCAGCAGAAAUCUGGCAUUCCUGUUGA